AUGGAGGCUGCCCUGAGAAGGAUAACUAGCAUAGUGAAGGGUCUGUUCUGUUUAGAAAAAAAUAUUGAAAAUAUACCCAUUGAUUUGACAACAGUAAAUCCAGACAUGGACAAGGAGAAAAACAACACAAAAGCAAGACUUCAAAAAUAUGAAGAGCAAGAAUAUGAAGAUGUCACACUGUCAGAGGAUCAACCAGCUAAAGUAGCAGAAAAAGAAACCUCGAAAUAUAAAACAUUCAGAAUGCUUUCUGUACCCCUGAAGUCAGAGGAAACAGGAGAAAUCUGUCAAGAUUACUACCCUCCAGGCAUGCCAAAAACUCACAUGGAUCCUUCAAAACCCGAUUCUCAUAAGAAGAAAGAGAAAUCAAAGGGAAAAAAGGAUCAAACUCACGCUUGUCCAAAGGUUAAGAAAAAAAGGCUUGUGUCAUAUGAUACAACAGAACCAGAGGAUGAUGAUGUCACAAGACAUAUUAUAAGGCUAAGAGAUAAGUUUGGUUGGCAAACGAUGUUACCACAGCACUGUUCGGAGUAUAAAAGUUCCAAAAUUGCAAUUCAGAAGAUUAUUCUAAAGGAACCUUUAACAGAUGAUGGAGAAUUUGUAUAUUGCCUUCCUCGGAAAAAUCAUCAAGUUCUCUAUAAUCCAUAUGAUCUUCAGGUGGUCUCUGCCCACAGAGCUAGACAUUGCAAAGAAUUUUGGAUUAUUACUGCAUCAUUUAUCUCAAAGGUUACUAAAAUAGGUGAUGUAGAAGAAAUAGAACUCAUACCUACUUUGGAAUGGCUUUUAGAAAGAACAUGUUACUAUUUAUUACAGCAAUUCAAGAUAUUUUCCAAUUUUCGAGUUAAUAAAUCAUUUGUUACUUGGAAAUUGAAUGUUAGAAGAAUUAAGACAGAGAAGAGCAGGUCGUUUUUGUACCGCCAUCUUUUUUGGGCCGAUGAGUUAUUUCAAGGCUGUUUGCUUUAUAUAAAGGGACUUUGUGAAGAUGCAGUUGAUAUCAAAAAAGGUAACGAACACGAAGACCAUCCAUCUGCCAUAUGCCUCAUAAAGCUGGAUAGGUCUCGAACAUAUUCUCUAGAUGAAUUUUGUAAAGAACAGUUACAGCAAGCCACCCAGGCACUGAAGCAGCUUGAGGAUAUCAGAGAUAAAGCUAUUUCCGAAAUCAAAAAUACAGUUUUACAGGUGGCAGAAAAGAAAGAAAUUAAAGAAUAUUUUGAGUCAAACGUCUCUGAAGAUGACACAGUACAUUUCAAGCUGCCUAAAUAUCGAUGUUUAUUAGAAACAAUUUUGAGGUUUCUGCUACUGGUUGACUACAUAUUUCAGGAACUCAUCCGUCAACUAAUGAAUACUGCAAUCACACUACUUUUGGAAUUAUUUAAUAAUUCUGCUAGAAUGCCAUUUUCAAUGGAAAAAAGGAAUGAAGAUCUCAUUAAAAUAUACAAGAAUGUUUUCUCUGUCACUGAAAAGAUAACAGAUGAUUACGAAGAAUUUGUUGAUAAUUCAAACUUACAUGCCACUUCUGUUUUAAAGUCAGAAGUAAAAACGGAAGCAGAUAUUAAUGAGAUUUUGAAUAGGAUUAAAAUGGAUGAGGAUUUGAGAAAAAUAUAUGCACCAGUAUUUGAAGUAAUUCUACACUUGAGCGUUCAAGAAGAGAGUGAGUCUUCAGAAAUUUCCACAGAGAACUCUCAUGAGUCUGACAAGUCCUCCAAAGAAUCUGAGUUGUGUGAAGAAGAUGAGGAAUCAAAAAAUGAAGUUGGGUGUCUCAUGAAACACUCCAGUGAAGAACUGCAAAUAAUGAAGAAACCAAAAAAAGUCUCUUACAACUUUGAAGGAAUUCUUUCAGACAUAGAAAUCAUGACUGAGUUUGAGAAUAAAUACAUAUAUGAUGAAUUUUCGGAAUUUGCUACAAAUCUCUUCUUAGCUCCCAACAGAUUAGAGUUUUCGAUAAAAAUUCAAAAUAUGGUGACUGACAUUGAAAAAUGUAUAACCAAGAUUAUUCCUCUUUGCCGAGAUCCUCGCCUGUCUCUUUUUACUGAAUCGUUUUUAAUUACGAGUUUGCCUAAUAAGACUGAAAGUGGAAUGGCCUAUAAGAAGCCAGCCAGAUGGCCAGAUUGUCAGAUCCUUUUUGAGAUGGAUCCUAUCUACCAAAAUAAAAUUGCCAGUCUCCUGACUGUUGUUGGUAAUUCCAUGGGGCAAGUUAAUGUUUACAGCUGCAAGUUUAUAAAAUACUGUUCCAUGGUACAGAAGGCCAAAGCCAUGAGUAUGAAAAUCUCAUCGAUAGACGAAUUGACUUCAGUACAGUUUAACACUAUCCUGGCUAAAUUCAGAAACUAUCUUCAAUAUAUUAUUAAUAUGGCCAUUGAGAAACGCAUUGGUAUUUUCAAAGUUGUAAGUCUCAAUUAUCAGUCAGAAUGCUUACCAUAUGUUGAGAAUGUCAUACAUCUGAUCCACAACCUCUUGCGAUCUGUAAUUGAAAGAAAGAAUACAAAUCUACUGGAAGUCGUGGAGUCAUCACUGCGAAAGCUGGACUCUGAUCCCACUGAAAUAGAAGAAUUUGUGGAACAUUUUACUUUUUUGGAUGCAAUUUCCUCAAAAAUAUUUGCAUUAGAAAAAGAGUACUCCACGGUUGCUCAGCUGCAUUCUGUUGUACGGUAUUACCAGAUUGAGAUUUCAGAAGAGCAAAUUGCCAUACACAAAAUUCUUCUUGGCAGGUUUGGUCAACUAAAAACUUCUGUGAAGCUAAGCAAAACAAAUAAAGAUGCGGCUAUUUCUAGAUUCAGAGACAAUCUGGAAGCACACAUCACUGGUUUGCGAGUUGACCUCAGUAACUUAAAGGCCAAGAUAAGAACUCCCAUCCUGUUGUGCGCUGGCAGCCCCGUGGACACCGUCACAGAGAUGAUGCGGACGCUCACAGAGGAAGCUGCCGCCCUGGCGCAUAAGGCUAAGACCUACUCCAGCUACCAGAACUGCUUCGAUGACGCCCAGUCCCACAUGCACUCUCUCAACAUGGAAGAGAUCACACAGCUUGUCCUUGGGGAGGUUUCGGACAUUGAGUACGACCUCACCUUGAGGAAGAUACUGUGGGAGGUCCAAGAGGAAUGGAAGAUGCUCUUUUGGGAAUGGAGGAAUAGUACCCUUCGCAGUAUUGAUUUAGAAUCAGUCCAGAGAAACGUUUCAAAAUGGAUGCACAAAAUCCUUGCCCUAGAAAAAGGUCUACCUAAAAACGACAUGGUGGCCCAUCUCAAGCAGUCAGUGACAGAAUUUAAGCAGGAGGUGCCUAUUAUCACGGCUCUGGGAAACCCCCGUCUCAAGCCGAGACACUGGGCGGCACUCCAGGAGGUUAUCGGAAAGUCCGUUUCUCUUGACAAAGACUGUACAAUAGAGAAUCUUCUAGCACUCAAGAUGUUUCAGUACGAAAAUGAAAUUAACGAAAUCUCCACCUCUGCCACUAAUGAAGCUGCUCUUGAGAAGAUGCUGUUUAAGAUUAUUGACCAAUGGAACACGACCCCGCUACACUUAGUCGUUCAUCAGUCAGAGAUGGUGUCCAUCCUGAUAAUUUCAUCCAUAGACGACAUAUUAACUCAGUUAGAAGAGUCUCAAAUCAUACUUGCAACAGUUAAAGGAUCUUCCUCUCUCGGGCCCAUUCGGGAUCUUGUGGAUGAGUGGGAUCAGAACUUGACUCUCUUCUCUCAUACUCUUGAGGAAUGGAUGAAUUGUCAAAGAAAUUGGCUUUAUCUUGAACCAAUCUUUCAUUCUGUAGAAAUACAAAGGCAGCUCCCAGCAGAAGCAAAACUCUUCUCUCAUGUGAUUUCCAUGUGGAGAGAAAUAAUGUUAAAAAUACAAAACAAACUGGAUGCUUUGCGAAUAACCACCUCUGCAGGAGUCCUUGAAAUUCUGCAAAAUUGCAAUACCUGUCUUGACUAUAUAAUGAAAGGUCUGGAGGACUACCUUGAAAUUAAAAGAAUGAUUUUCCCAAGAUUUUACUUUCUUAGCAACGCUGAACUCCUUGAUAUUCUAGCUGAUAGCGGAACUCCUGAGUCUGUACAGCCUCAUCUUGUGAAGUGUUUUGAAAAUAUAAAACAAUUACUGAUAUGGAAACAAGAAAUCGGACCUCCUGCUGUGAUAAUGCUCAUAUCUGCUGAGGGGGAGACUCUUCUGUUGCCCAAGAAAAUUCGUGUAAGAAGUGCUGUGGAACAGUGGCUGGUGAAUGUAGAGAAGAGCAUGUUUGAUGUGCUGAAAAAGUUUGUAAGUCAAGGGGUCGAAGACUGGAGCUGCCAGACUUUUUCUACAUGGGUGGUGUCUCAUCCAGGACAAGUGGUCCUCAUGGUGAGCCAGAUCAUGUUUUAUAAUGAUUGCAUCAAAAGUUUCGUGAGUUCUCAUUCAAGAGCAGAGUUGGAGAAGGUCCAUGCUGGCGUGAUCCAUCACCUAGAAGAGAUUGCUGAGCUGGUGGCGCUGGACACCAAUAACUCCCGCAUGCAGGUUGUCCUGGGAGCAUUGCUCACGCUCCGCGUGCACUGCAGAGACAUCGUGAGAGAUUUACUGCUGAAAGGCAUCUCCAGUGUGGGCGAUUUUGAGUGGACGAGGCAUUUGCAGUAUAAAUGGAAUGACAAACAGAAGUUGUGCUACGUGUCUCAAGGAGAUGCCAGCUUCACGUAUGGCUACGAGUACCUGGGCUGCACUCCCCGGUUGGUUGUUACGCCCCUUACUAACAGGUGCUGGCUCACCCUCACCGGAGCACUGCUCCUGAAUCUUGGAGGUUGCCCUGCGGGCCCUGCCGGCACGGGCAAAACGGAGAGUGUCAAAGAUCUAGCCAAAUCCUUAGGCAAACAUUGUGUGGUCUUCAGCUGUUUUGAGGAUUUGGAUUAUAAGAUAAUGGGAAAAUUCUUCUUUGGACUGGUGCAGUCAGGUGCGUGGUGCUGUUUGGAUGAGUUCAAUUGGAUUGAUGUGCAGGUCCUCUCGGUGAUUGCCUCGCAGAUCCUCACAAUCAAGGCAGCAAAAGACAGCUAUUCUGUCAGGUUUGUACUGGAAGGAAAAGAAAUUCGUAUCAACAUGUCUUGUGCAGUAUUUGUCACCAUGAACCCUGGGUACAAAGGUCGAGUAGAACUCCCAGAUAACUUAAAGUCUCUGUUUCGCCCUGUGGCAAUGAUGGCCCCCCAUUAUCAAAUGAUUACUGAAAUUAUGCUGUUUUCACUUGGUUUCAAAUCUGCAAAAUCACUCUCUGGAAAGCUGGUUAGCGUUUAUGAAUUAGCUAGUAAGCAGCUCUCACAACAGGAUCAUUAUGAUUUUGGCUUGAGGUCUCUGAAGACCGUUUUAAUAAUGGCUGGAAAGAAGAAACAGAUGUUUAAAUGUAACACCAACGACCAUCUUUCUGAAACGGAUGAGACUCCAAUCAUUAUUGAGGCUCUGAGAGAAGCUAGUUUGCCAAAAUUUCUCCCUGAAGACGUCCCACGUUUUGAAAAGAUUAUAGGAGAUAUUUUUCCUGGAGUGGCAGUUUCAACAGCAAAUCAGAUUGCCUUGGAGAAAGCAAUAUUUAUUGCAACACAACAGUUGGGCUUACAACAAUGGCCAGCUCAGAAAAAGAAAAUCAUACAGUUUUAUAAUCAACUUCAGGCUUGUGUUGGUGUGAUGUUAGUAGGUCCAACAUGUGGAGGAAAGACAACAGUCAGAAGAGUUUUAGAAAGAGCAUUAACACUAUCACCAGUUGAAGACUUCCUAUCAAGUAAAGAAAGGGAAUCUAUUUCACAGAUUCCAGGAAGAAAAGGAAAAGUAGAUAUUUGUGUUUUAAAUCCAAAGUGUAUCACUGUUGGUGAACUAUAUGGACAACUGGAUCCUAAUACUAUGGAAUGGACUGAUGGAUUAUUAUCAACAGCAGUUCGAAAUUAUGUAUAUUUUAACACUGCAAGGAACUCAAAGAAAGACAGCGAUUUCAGACUGAAAUCAAGAAUCUCAGAUGCAUCUAAUGUUUUCAAACUCGAUUUCUCUGAUGCAGCAGAUACUGAUGUUAAUAUAUUUGAGAAGGAGGAGGGGAAAGAUGUUAACAUUCCAGAAAGUCAGGACUACGAUUGGCAGUGGAUUAUUUUAGAUGGUCCGGUGGAUACGUUCUGGGUAGAAAAUCUAAACUCUGUGCUGGAUGAUACCAGAACAUUAUGCCUGGCAAACAGUGAGAGAAUUGCCCUAACUAAUAAAAUACGAGUGAUUUUUGAAGUGGACUGUCUCUCUCAAGCCAGUCCUGCUACUAUCAGCCGAUGCGCAAUGGUCUAUAUGGAUCCUGUUGAUUUGGGAUGGGAGCCUUAUACGAAGUCAUGGCUUUUGAAAACUUCUAAAAUUAUGAGUCAAACAGGAGUGAGUUGUCUUGAAUUCAUGAUGAAAAAUAGUGUUGCAGAUGGACUACAGUUUAUAAAGAAGUAUCAGAAAUAUCAGCCAUUUCCUGUCCAAGGCAUAACGAUCGUUAUAACUCUGUGCAGAAUUCUUGAUGCUUUCUUUGACUUCAUGGGUAAAAAUGGAGGCUUUGGAAAAUGUGAAGAUUUGAAGGACAUUUUAACUGAGGAGAAAAGUUCUUCACAUUCAAAAGUUUCUGUCAAAUUCAAGAGUAUAAAAAAGAGAGCUGAAAAUACAUGGUAUCUGGAGAAGAACCCUGAUAAAUUAAAAAUUAUGCUUCAAAAGCUCUUCGUGUUUGCAUUUACUUGGGCGUUUGGAGGAACUUUAAAGCGUGAGGAUGAGCAUGAAGAUGACACAGUACUGUAUCCGAGCCACGAGCCUGAUACUCCUGCCAGAGUGACCUACGAUUUUGACAACCUUGUGCAUGAAUUAUUUGAAAGCAAUCCACAUAUAGGCAUCAAUCUACCAUCCGGUAAACGUUCUAUCUUUGGCUAUUUUGUGGAUUUACAGCAAUGCGAAUUCAUACCAUGGUCAGAAUUACUUCCUAGUAUUCAGACACUAAUUCAAAAAGGAACAUCAGUACUAGUGGACCCUGAAGGAUCGAGUGAAAACCUCUUGAAGAUCCCAGAAUUUGGAGAGAGCAUCAGUCAUAUUGCCACCAGAGAUACAGUGUCCCUUUCCUUCCUCAUAAGCCUUCUUUUAAAGAAUUUCUGCCCUGUACUUCUCACAGGAGACCCUGCUGUUGGGAAAACCAGUGCCAUUAAUGAAAUGCUUCAGAAGUUGGAGGGCCCUGGAGCACUGGAUGUGAAAUAUGGCUCCAUCUUAGGAGAAGUCCUACUAUACAAUGAAAUUAAAAAAUCAAGGUUCCUGAAGCAGAAUAUCAGCAUCUUGCUUUCUGAAACCCACAAGACAGCCACUGGAAGUCGAGAUAAGCCUAUUAAAAAGCCAGCAGUCAGAACUGAUGAAAGUUCAUUGAAAAGUGAUAAGAAAGGAAUUAUAGUCUCAACAGUAAAUUUUAGUGUCAGUACCACAGCUGCCAAAGCCAAGGAGAUGGUCCUGAAGAAAUUAGUAAGAAGAACCAAAGACACUCUUGGAGCACCAAAGAACAGCAGGAUUGUCCUGUUCAUUGAUGAUCUGAACGUACCGGAACCAGAUAUGUCCGGAGCUCAGCCACCCCUGGAACUGGUCAGGCAGUUACUAGAUAUGGGAGGUCUGUACAACACUGAGAAGAACGCUUGGAAGAACAUUCAAGAUCUUUCUCUAGUGGCAGCCUGCGGCCCUGCAGCAGUCAGGAGGCACGUCAGCCCGCGUCUCCUCAAACACUUUUCCGUCCUGGUGCUGCCUCAUCCUCCACAGAGCGCCCUGCGCGCUAUUUUCCAGGCUCAUUUGGGAAUGUAUUUCUCCAUCAAUAACUUCACAUCCAACGUUCAGAAAAGUAAGGAUCAGAUAAUAUCUUGUUCUCUCGCUGUCUACUAUCAAGUAUGUCAGAACAUGUUGCCAACCCCAGCAAAAUGCCACUACCUCUUUAAUCUCCGAGAUAUCUUUAAGCUCCUCCUGGGACUGCUGCAAGCCGAGAAGGUCGUCGUUAACUCCAGACAGAUGGCGGCUCUGUUCUUAGUUCACGAAGCCACCCGAGUGUUUCACGAUCGCCUAAUGGAAUAUACCGAAAAAGGGCUUUUCUAUCAACUUCUCUCAAAGGAAAUUGAGAAUUAUUUUCAGAUUCAAUGGACCAAAGAAAAACUGAUGAACGACUCAAUUGUAUUUGUGGAUUUCUUGGAUAUAAACAAGCCUCAUAGGAAAAAGAUCUAUCGGAAUACCAAUGACUAUAAUAGACUUGCCAACGUGCUGAAUGAAUUCCAAAAGAAGUUGAGCUCCACGUCUUUGGAGAUUUUUCAUUCCAUGGUGUUCUUCAAGGAAGCCAUAGAACACAUCGCAAGAGCUGCGAGGGUCCUUCGGCAGCCAGGGGGUCACAUGUUACUGAUUGGCACAGACGGCUGUGGGAAGAAGACCUGUGCUGCUCUGGCCUGUUACCUGACAGAGUGCCAACUAUACCGGGUGCCCACGUCCCACAAUUAUGCCUACAUCGAAUUCAAAGAAGACUUUAAAAGGGGCUUCAUUCAGGCAGGAUUGGAAGGGAACUCCACUGCUCUGAUAGUUGCUAGUUUAAACCCAAAGCAGGAGUCGUUUUUGGAGGAUUUGAACAACAUUCUCAAUUUGAGGAAUAUACUUGACCUGUUUGAAAACGAGGAGCUGGAUUCCAUUGCACUAAGGAUGAGAUCUUUUGCUGAACAGUCUGGUUCCAUUGAUAACAGGCAGUCUCUACUUGCAUUCUUCCAAAAGAGGAUCCAUAAAAAUCUUCAUAUUUUUAUGACCAUGAGUCCCGAAGGACCGACCUUUCGCCAGCACUGUAGAGCCUAUCCUUCUAUGAUUACCACCUGCACAAUCGACUGGUAUGAGAAGUGGCCAGAAGAAGCUCUCCUUGCCGUAGCCAAUUCUUUCUUAAGAGAAAAGGUGGAUUUAAAGAACAGAGAGAACUUAAAAGAAAAACUUGCCCCAAUGUGUGUCCAAAUCCACAAAAGUAUAAAAGACUUGAACACAAAAUACUUCCAGGAAAGUAGGCAUUAUUACAUCACUCCCAGUAGCUACUUGCGGUUCCUGGAUACGUUUGCUCACAUUUUGAGGUCACGAGAGAAGGAAAUGCAAACAAAGAGGAAUCAUUUUUAUAUGGGUCUAUCCAAGAUCCUGGAAGCAACCACUCUUGUCACGGAUAUGCAAGAGGAUCUCUUGAUUCUUGGCCCACAGAUAGAACAAAAAACAAAGGAAAAGGAAGCCCUAAUGGAAAAACUGGAGAAAGAUUCACAAGUGGUGGAGAAGGUCCAGAUGCUUGUUAAACAGGAUGAAGAAAUUUUGGCCGAAGAAGUAAGAAUAGUGGAAGAGUAUGCUCAGGAAACUGCCCAUGAAGUAAAAAGCGUGCUGCCGGCUCUAGAAAAGGCGGUCGUGGCUCUGAGCGCCCUGGAUAAAGCGGACGUCGCUGAGCUGAGAGUGUACACGCGGCCUCCCUUCCUCGUGCUGACCGUCAUGAAUGCAGUCUGCAUUCUUCUGCAGAAGAAACCUAACUGGGCUUCAGCAAAGUUGCUUCUUUCAGAAACUGGUUUCCUGAAAAAACUGGUUAACCUUGACAAGGACAGCAUCCCCGAGAAGGUUUUCACGAAGCUGAAAAAAAUUUUAAUCUUACCUGAUUUCAACCCAAACAAGAUUGCUCUCGUUUCUGUUGCCUGUUGCUCUAUGUGCCAGUGGGUCAUAGCUUUGAAUAACUACCACGAAGUACAGAAGGUGGUGGGCCCUAAGCAAAUCCAAGUAGCUGAAGCUCAAAAUGUCCUCAAAAUUGCACAACAAAGGUUGGCCGAGAAACAAAGAGGUUUGCAGCUGGUUGAAGAACAUCUGCUGUUUUUGCAAGCAGCCUACAAAGACGUAGUUGCUGAAAAACAACUCUUAGCCAACAGAAGAAAACUGGCCACCAAGCGCCUGCAGUGUGCAUCUAUCCUACUAACCAUGCUGGAGGAUGAGAAGACUCGAUGGCAAGAAACAAUCAAUCAAAUAGACAAGAAGUUGGAAGGAAUUUUGGGCGACAUACUUAUUUCUGCAGCGUGCAUUGUCUACACUGGAGUGUUAACAGCAGAAUUUCGCCAGUUAAUUGUGAACAAAUGGGAGACUCUUUGCCCUAAAAACAACAUUUCUUUGUCUCCUAACUUUUCCUUAAUUGAAAUUAUGGCACAAAAACACGAGAUCGGCCGAUGGCAUUCUCAGGGGCUCCCCCUUGGUCAGUAUUCAACCGAGAACGCCAUCCUGAUCAAGAACGGCCUGCAGUGGCCGCUGCUGAUUGACCCGCACAAGCAGGCGCACAACUGGAUCCGGCAGAUGGAAGGGCCCCGGCUACAGGAGCUCUCCAUCAAGGACAGCGGUUACAUCCAAACAAUUGAAAAUGCUAUGAAAACAGGAGGGAGUGUCCUCUUGCAGAAUCUCCCUGAAACAUUAGCUCCAAGUUUGAAGGCAAUUUUGAAGAAGGAUAUCCAUCAGAGAAGAGGACAGUAUUUCAUAAGGGUUGAUGAUUCUGAGAUUGAAUACAAUUCCAAAUUUAGGUUAUACAUAGCUACAGAAAUAGACAACCCCCAUUUUCCUCAGUCAGUGUAUAACUUUGUUACAAUGAUCAACUUCACCGUAACAUUCCAAGGUUUGCAAGAAGAGCUCCUAUCUACCAUAUUAACUCAUGAAGUUCCUUCCUUAGAAAAUCAACGUCUCCAACUAUUGGAGAGUAUUUCCCUCGAUGCUACAACCCUUGAAGAACUAGAGGAAAAAACGUUGAAUGUACUGCAGAACGCACAAGAAUGUGUGUUAGAUGAUGAGGAAAUCGUAGACAUCUUAAGAAAAGCCAAAAUGACUUCAAAUGAAAUUUCAAAGCGCAUCAAAGCAACAGAAAAAGCAGAAAGUCAAAUCCAAGAGACGCGCAAAAGCUAUCUCCCCAUUGCUACCCGAGGUGCCCUGCUCUACUUCCUGGUGGCCGGGCUCGCCCAGGUCAACUGCAUGUACCAGUUCUCCCUAGACUGGUUUCGCCAAGCAUUCAUUCAAGCAGUAGUCUCUGGAAGAAAAGAACAAGAAGAACCUGGAUCCAAAAGGGAGAAGAUGUCUCUGAAGAAAAUUCGUGAUACUACAAACCUCUCAAAAGAACCGAAGUUAGAAAGUGAGGGAAAUCUCUCCCAGAGACAUCUUAAAAAUUCAAUCGAUGUGUUAACAAGAAGUAUUUUUAAGGUGGUCUCUUCAGCUCUGUUUAACCAACAUAAACUGUGCUUCUCCUUCCGGCUCUGCAUCACAAUCAUGCAAAAUAACGCUAAUGGUGAUGACAUCGGGUCCCUACCAGAUGAAGAAUGGGACCUCUUCCUACAUUCUGGCAUGUUGAUAAAUAUUAAAGGUAUAAUGCCCCAGGUCAAACUUAAUAGCAUGUAUGAGACGUGCGGCGGUGGGCAUCUGCAGUGGGUGUCGGAAUCCCAGUGGAGACAGUGCCAGUAUGUCAGCAGUGAGCUCAAGCCCUUCUAUCUCCUGUGCAAAUCCCUGCUGUCCAACGUGCCCCAGUGGGAAGCUUUCAAAACCAGCCAGGCUGCCUAUUGCCUGAUGAGCGUCCCUUUCCCUCCAGAAAGUGCCUCAGUGGAGGAGAGUAAGAGAUCACCGAAGGAAACUGAACUUCUGGAUAAAAAGGAAGAAGUAUGUAGUCCUGUGAAUUUCCCCUGGGAGAAACUCAGUGCAUUUCAGAGACUUAUUUUGAUAAAAAUUCUUCAACCAGAACAUUUGAAGAAUUCAGUGAAAAUGUUUAUAACUGAAAAAAUGGGAAGUGAAUAUGUUCUCAGAACUGGAAUUAAUUUGAGAGAGUCAUAUAAGGAAUCCAAUGCCAGAACUCCGAUAAUACUUAUUCACUCCCAUGGGACUGACCUCACCAACACUGUCCUGAAAUUGGCACAAGAGUUAAAAGGAGGAACAAGUCAUGUGACCAUUAUUUCCCUGGGCCGCAGCCAGGCUGCCAAGGCAGAGGAGCUCAUCAUGAAGGCCCUCCCCAGAGCCGCACAGUGGGUCUUCCUGCAGAACUGUCACCUUGCAACGUCGUUUAUGCCGAGGCUGUGCACAAUCAUCGAGUUAUUUAAUAGCCCAGAUGUGACAAUAGACCCUGAGUUUAGGCUGUGGUUAAGCUCAAAAUCGGACAGUUCUUUCCCAAUUCCAAUUCUUCAGAAGAGUUUGAAGAUCGCAGUGGAAAAUCCUCAGGGACUGAAAAGUAACUUACUACAGACCUUUGGAUAUGGUGGGAGCGGAGAGGUAACAGAAGAGAUACUUGAAAAACCUGACUGUGGACCCUCGUGGAAAAAACUUUUAUUCAGUUUAUGUUUUUUCAAUGCUGUGAUCAAUGAAAGAAAAAAUUACGGAAUACUGGGCUGGAAUAUUGCUUAUAAAUUUAGUUCUUCGGACUUGGCGGUCUCCAUCAAGAUUUUGGAACAUGCCCUGAGCACACAGUCCAGUAUUUCAUGGCCAACACUACACUACCUGAUUGGGGAAGUGAUUUACGGUGGCCGGGUGACCGACACGUGGGACAGGCGAUGUUUGAACACCCUUCUCUACAAAUUUUGUAAUCCUGAAGUGCUGAGAGAGGACUUCAGUUUCUCCAGUGAUGAAAGACGUCAGCCAGUGCCCAAAUCUGCGAGCAUCAGGGACUGCAUACACGUCAUCCAGUCCUUACCUGACGACGACCCUCCAGAGCUCUUAGGGCUGCACCCCGAGGCCAUACGAGGCUGCAGGGAGAUCCAGGGCCAGAAGUUCAUUGACAGCCUCAUCGUUCUGCAACCCAGAGCCACCACUGCAAACCUCAUGAUCAGUCAUGAGCAGAGUAACGAUGAACUGGUGAUGGAAAUUUUAUCCGACAUGAUAAAGCGGCUGCCAAUGUCUGUGGAGAAGGAGGAAUGUUCUGGAACUCCCAGCACCUUGAAGUACAUCAUGUCCAGCCCCAUUUGGGAGUCUCUUUAUAAAGGUAUCCAAGGCUAUGAUCCCCUUAUCCAUUGCGCCUUGCUAUCCUUUCUGAGCCAAGAAAUUGAACGGUUUGAUAAGUUCUUAUUGGUUGUGCAUAAGUCUUUGAAAGACCUUCAACUUGCAAUAAAAGGGGAGAUCAUCCUUACCCAAGAACUGGAAGAAAUAUACGACUCUUUCCUUAAUAUGCGAGUACCCAUGCUGUGGCAGAAACAUGCCUACAAGUCCUGUAAGCCCCUGAGUUCCUGGGUUAAUGAUCUCAUCCAGCGAGUGAAUUUCUUCAAUACUUGGGCCAAAAUGGCUUACACUGCAAUACAUCAUCGGUAUAUGAGAUUUGUCACAACCUGGAAGCAUUCCAUUCCAUCACCUACCCAAACCCCCACAUGCCCUGAAGAUGAGCACAGUGAUUUCUCUGAAGGAUUUCCUGCAAGAUACUGGCUCCCAGCUUUCUUCUUCCCACAAGCCUUUCUUACUGCUGUGCUUCAAGACUACGGAAGGUCCCAAGGAAUCUCCACAGACACCCUCACUUUUACCCACCACGUGACCUCGGACACCAGUGACAUCAGAGAUGACGAGUUCUCCAUAAUCAUCCAAAAGAAACUCAACAUCGCCAGGAGGGCCUUUAAGGGCACAGACAGCACACACAUGGGAGUUCACAUUUUUGGUUUAUUCAUCGAGGGGGCAAGGUGGAAUCAUGAACAAAAAGUCCUAGAAGACUUGCCGCCUCGUGAGCUGUGCUGUGAUUUUCCGGAAAUCUACUUCUUGCCAACAAAGAUUUCUACUGAAAGAGCAAAUGCUUCUGAGCAGACAGAUUCCGAGCUCUACACGUUCGAAUGCCCCAUCUAUCAGACACCUGAGCGGUCAAGAAUUUUGACAACCACUGGCUUACCCUCGAACUUUCUAACCUCUGUGUAUUUAUCCACGAAGACACCUCCUAGUCACUGGAUCACAAUGCAGGUCGCGCUGCUGUGUGAGAAGAAUGAGAAAUAA